AUGUGUGUUUUCUCCCCGACUGGGCCCGAGACGAGGUCGGAGGAGGUAGAAGGUACUAGGCGGUACUACAGGUACAAUUCGGAAACAUCGGGCAGGAUCGAAAAUGAACAACACGAGUGCAGGUCGCAACUACCUUCUACCUCAACAGUCGACUCCUCUGGACUCUGGUGGAUGAAUGAUCGCAGGCGUGUCAUUCGCCCAGUCAUGCGUCACCCCACCCAUGGACUCUCUCCACGCCUGCAAAGUCAAGCCGGCGCGCAGCCAAUGGCACGGGUCGGCGGCGCGCUAGACAAGGCGUUCGCGCAGCGCGUCUCCGCAAAAUGA